AUGGCGAUUAAAGAUUCAACUGAAUAUCUUGGAAGUGCUUCUUGGAUCGGAGCAGACGAGUACGAGCCAGGCGGUGAAUUCCAUGAGCGGGCCACGACAUUCCUUGAGACAGUCAAGUGGGAGGUGCUGGCGUCGAUUUCUUCGCGCCUUCGUAAUGGCGUCCCCUGCGAGUUUAGCGAGACGUAUUCUAUCGGACACUUCAACAUGGUCCGCCGCAUUGCAUUUGCUGACGGGGUUAGCUGGGUAGCAAGGCAGGAACGCGCUGCGGACCAUCUUUCCUUCACUCGCCAAGUCUUCCUCAAGAGCAUCACGCAUCGCCCAAAUGGCAUACUGUUUGUUGCCGCCCGCUUUUUUGUUGGAUUCGGAAACAUCAUAGCCUCCAAUGCCGCGCCUCUACUUCUCACUGAGAUUUGCCAUCCGCAACAUCGAGGGCGAGUCACAACAGUGUAUAAUCAACUCUGGGAUAUCGGAUCCAUUGUCGCAACAUGGAUAACCUUCGGCACUUUUAAUAUCAAGAACAACUGGUCUUGGAGAAUCCCGUCUAUUUUCCAAGCAUUGCCAACUUUGCUGCUGUUUAUCUUCAUCUGGGUUGUCCCGGAGUCCCCGCGUUGGCUUCUCUCGAAGGAGAGAGACGAGGACGCGCUAGCUGUAUUGGCUAAAUAUCACGCUAAUGGAAACGAAACAGAUAGAGACGUACAAUUUGAAUUCCACGAGAUUCGGGAGACGCUGAGACUUGAGUUCGAGGCCAAGAAAGUCAGUGGAUACUUGGACUUCUUCCAAACAAAGGGCAAUAGAUAUCGCCUUUUUCUAGUCCUCGCACUAGGUCUUUUUUCUCAGUGGAGUGGCAAUGGCCUGACUAGUUAUUACUUCGCCCUGGUUAUGGAUAGCAUUGGUGUCACUGACGCGGCCACUCAAUUCAAGAUCAAUGGCUGCAAAACCAUCCUUUCGUUGAUUGUCGGCCUUAUUGGAGCAGCUAUUGUAGACCAAGUUGGCCGCCGACCUCUCUUUCUCACAGCAACAUUGGGGAUGUUUGUUUGUUUUGUCCUCUGGACUGCCUGUUCAGCGCUUUACGACCUUCACCAUAAUCUAGCAGCUGGCAAGACUGUGAUCUUUUUCAUAUUUCUCCACGGAGUAUUCUAUAAUAUCGCCUGGUCAGGUCUACUAGUCGGAUAUACCGUCGAGAUUAUUCCAUACAAGCUCCGUGCAAAAGGACUCAUGCUUAUGAACUUCUUCGUCCAGGCAGGAUUGGUUUUCAACCAAUAUAUCAAUCCUAUUGGCCUGAGUCAACUGCAGCCUCGGUGGCGCUUCUACUCAAUAUACUGCGGCUGGCUUUGUUUCGAAGUCAUUUUCGUCUUCUUUUUCUUUAUUGAAACUCGCGGGCCUACCCUUGAAGAGAUUGCGAAGAUCUUUGACGGGCAGGAUGCUCAAGUGGCAAAUGUGGACAUGAAUAUUCUUGAGGAUAAGCAAACAGUGGUCGAAAUGGAAACCAGGGAUUCAGAUGCAGAACAGCGAGUUUAG